GCUGGCAUCCAUUGUUAGUCAGAGAAAAGUUGCGAAACUAUACACUUUUCAGAGCGUAAAGAAAACUCCCGAAGUCUAAAGCAAUGAAGUGGUUAUCGUUGUUCUUCAUUUUCGGCUUGCUUGCCGUGAUCGGCAGCAUGGGUUCGUUAGCCGGCGCCAAGCCCUUUCCUGAGCCCCGUGGACGUCCACCAACCACCACACGCCGUCCACCCACCACUGACACCAAUGAGGCAGGUGUGCGACGCUAGCUGCAGGAGGAUCGAGAGGACAGUGCGGAGUUUUGGGAUCGUAAGGAACAGUAUACACCCAAACCCAUGAAAUGUUCAACACCAGAGAAGAAAGAUCGGCGUAAAAUUGUUGUACAAUGUUAUGGUGAAGAAAAAUUGCAAUAUGUUGAAAUUGUAUUUGUUUGAUUUAAGUCAAUUGAUUUUUUUGGAAUAUUUUAGGUUAAAUUUGCAUUAAAUUAUUUGUUUUUUUGGUCUUCAAUUAAUCACUAACCCAAAAUUUAAUAUUUAAAUUGUUGAAUAAAUAAUUUUGUUUUCUAAAAGUA